GGUUCCCGCGACUAUCAGUCAUUCAUUACACGGCGAUCGACGCCGAACUGACCCCGCCUCGUCCAUGAGCAGGAAUACCACGAUGUCAACCGCACCUACAACGACGUGGCCGCAGCCUUGUCACAGUAUCCCUCGAUAUCCCCCAAGACUGAUGUCUACACAUUUCCCAAUGGCGCCUCGGCCCUCCUCCUCCACCUAUCGGGAACAAUCCCAGUCGUCUUCCGCGGCACAACCUACCGUUUCCCCAUAUCAAUAUGGGUUCCGCACGCGUACCCGCGCGAGCCACCGCUCAUCUACGUAACCCCGACCGAAACCAUGGUGGUGCGUCCGGGGCAACACGUCGACCCGCAGGGCCAGGUCUAUCAUCCCUACCUUGUCGGAUGGGCGACGUUUUGGGAUAAAUCCACAAUCUUGGAUUUCCUGGCCAUUCUUCAGGACGUGUUUGCCAAGGAGCCCCCCAUUGUUGCUCGCCAGCCGGGGCCCCCGCCGCCUCGGGCACAACCGACGCAGACUCCUCCUCCCGUACCUCCCCUCCCUCCAGAUCUCGCCCCGAAGCCAGCAAGUCGAGUUCAAUCACCAGCUUCAGAAGGGCCGAGGCCGCCACCACCACCUCCAAAACCAGGAACGCAGCCCGCGCCCCAACAGCAGCCCUCCCCAGUUCCGGUCCGACAAGAUGGUCCUCCAGCCCCUCCGCCCCCGCCACCGAAGAUUGGUGGCCCUCUAGGCCAACAUGCUUCAGGAGGAUCGCCUCCUACGCGGCACGAACCCGCUAGAGCUGGGCCUUCGCGUUAUGAGACAGCAGCGCCACUACCACCCGAAGCACAAGCGCAAGCAGCACGGGGUCCGCCCGUUUCAAUGCCCCCGAUGUCUCCCCCAGCCCCAGCAGCCAUGCAACAUCCCUCUUACCACUCCAUGCAGUAUCAGGGCCCACCACCCACGGCCAGCUUCUCGCCCGGACCACCACACUCACCUCAACCACCCACAUAUCCGCCCGCCGACCCACGAAUGUCAACCUUUGCUCACCCCCAAGGGUACAGCACCCCUCCGCCGACAUGGCAACAAACCCUGCCGCCCGUCCAAACCCAGUCCCAACAGAAACCACCUCCGCCGCCGGAUCUGUUGGAUGACGAUCUCACGGUAACGAUCCCUUCCCCUUCCUCCGUUCCUCCGCCGCCGAUUCCGCCCAACCCCGAGAAGGACCAGCUCCUCCACCAGCUCGCCCAGACACUACAUGCCUACCGCGAAAAGGCCCGCGCCCAAAACACGGCCUCCCUCGAGGGUCUCCGAGCCCAGCGCGCCGCCAUGCUACAAGCCAUGACCACCCUCCAAGCCGAGUCGGCCCAACUGACCCAGCUCACUGCCGUCCUCAACUCGAACACGUCUAUUCUGCAAGACUCGCUGCGCCAGGCCGACAGCGUGAUUGAGUCGUCGGCAAAUCACCCAAGGCCGGACAUCGACGAGCUCUUGGUGGCGCCGACGGUGGUCGGAAACCAGCUGUACGAGCUGGUGGCCGAGGAACGGGCGUUGGCCGACGCCAUCUUUGUGUUGGGACGCGCGGUGGAGAAGGGCCGGAUCACGCCGCAGACGUUUGCCAAGAUGACGAGGAGUUUGGCAAGAGAGUGGUAUCUGAAGAAGGCUCUGGUGCGGAAGAUUGGGAAGGGGAUGGGGCUGACCGAGUAGGCAGGACUUGACCCUCCCAGCAGUGGAGAAGAAGGAAACGGGAGGUGUAGAUGGGUUAAAAGGUGUCUUCGAUCAGAUGGGAGAGGAAACAGAAGGAUUUGUGAUGUCAAAAGGUAAUUAACUAACAUAUAUAACCGUAGCGGUUUGAAUUCCUGUCUCCGCAUUAUCCCAUUGCCAACACCGUCCCCGCGGAUUUGAAGGUAAAGUCAUGCUAGACGAUUAUAGAAUAUACACUUUUGGGAGCUUUCCUUAUACCGAUACCAAUGAAGGAAUCUACCCA